UCCAAGCGUAGGGCGCAAAACCCAUUUGGUGCAAUGGCAGCGACCGUGGACGCUCGGCGGCCUCUUCGCCUGCUCGUCCUGCUGCUUGUCGUGCUGCUCGCGGCUGUGUACGCCGGGCGCGACCUGUAUGAGGUGCUCGGCAUCUCGCGCGAUGCAUCGUCGCCCGAGAUCAAGAAGGCCUUCCGGAAACUCUCGCUCAAGCUGCAUCCUGAUAAAAACCCUGGUGAUGAAGACGCCGCCAAGAAAUUUGCCGAAGUGGCCAGCGCGUACGAGGUCUUGUCGGACACGGAGAAGCGCAAGAAGUACGACAUGUACGGCGAAGACGGUCUCAAGGACAAUGGCGGCGGCGGCGGUGGCGGCCAUGAUCCGUUUGACAUUUUCUCGCAGUUUUUCGGCGGCGGCGGCCGCCAGCGCCAGCAGGAGCCGUCGCGCGGCAACGACGUCACGGUGCCGCUUCGCGUGUCGCUCGCCGACUUGUACAACGGCCGCAGCAUUCCCGUGUCGAUGCGGCGGAAGACCGUGUGUCAGCACUGCCACGGCAAAGGCGCAGCCCAUGCCGACGACAUCCACACGUGCCACGAGUGCGGCGGCCACGGUGUCAAGCUCGAGACCCGGCGCGUCGGACCAGGCUUUAUCCAGCAGUUCCAGACGACGUGCACCAAGUGCCAUGGGAAAGGCAAGAUUGUCACGAGCACGUGCCCCGUGUGCGGCGGCCACAAGACCAACUUUGCCGACGUUGAAGUCGACGUCGACGUCGAGAAGGGCAUGCAGGACGGCCACGAGAUUGAGUUUGAGCACUACGCCGACGAGUUUGCCGACCGCAGCGCCGGCCACGUCCGGUUCCGCAUUGCGACCGUGCCCCACGAGCUCUUCUCGCGCGACGGCGACGACCUCUGGAUGGAAUUGAACAUCUCGCUCAAGGAGGCGCUUAUCGGCUUCAAGAAGAGUUUUGUGCACCUGGACGGUCGCCGCGUCGAAGUGACGCGGUCGUCGAUCACGGAGCCGAGUCAAGUGAUUUCGCUUCCGAGCGAAGGCAUGCCCAAGUACCAGUACGCGUCCGAGCGAGGACAACUGCACGUCAAGAUCAACGUGCUGUUCCCGACGAGCUUGACGGCCGACCAAAAGCAAGGCUUUCGCGACCUCUUUGCCAUGUAGAGAUCGCAUCGGCGCCUUGAAGUAAUAGAGCAGGGUCGUCAUAUAAAGUUGUUGGAUCUCCUA